UCCAAACAUUCUAUGACGUUUGUUAUAACUGUUUUAACACAUGCAUUGUACUACAGCUCGGAGACUCGACUGAGCAUUCAGUGUACUGAGUGUACAUUCGGCUAAGCACUGGGUUUUCCUCUAUGUCUGAGUACAUGUAUUCGGCCAGAAUAGCUGUACAGUGAGGAGCAAACCAUCAUUCAAGGAUUGUUAUAAGUAAUAGUUGGGAUUCAGCUCGUGUUUGACUUUCUACGAAGAUGCAAGGCACCAACCUCCUCAAACUCAAAGGGUUCUUCAUCAGCCUCGUUCUCGCCGUGACACAAGCUGACCUUGUCCUUGGACAUGAACCGACCUGCCUUGGGUCAUCCGGUGCGUCGUUGCGCAAUCUGAGGUCAAUUGCACUCAACGAUGCUGCAAUGACAGUGAUAGAGGUACACCAGAAAUUGACCUUGACGACAAAUUCUCAGUCACCUCUGGAGGAGGCCUACAAAAUGGCGCCAAAGCUUCAUUUUGAGGAUCGCGGUGACACUGUUUGGAAAGAGUUAGGCCAAGGAGAUCCUGGAACGAUGCGAGAUGAUACGGUCCGUGAGGUGUCAUUUUAUUGGUAUCUGCAGGCAACCACGAGGAGAAUGGUCAGAGACACAAACGCGAGAGCAUGCCGCACGAGACUCUCCGGGCGGCUCGUACACGAUCCACGUCAAGUCCCCGGGUGUAACAUGGAGGCCAUUCUGAUCGACUUCAAUCGUGUGGACACGGACUCUCACGUUCAUGCCGCGAUCUACUUAAACGGCAGCGAAUCGAGAGUGAUAUCUAAAGGAAAGGGAGAUAACCAAGAGUUUGCUGUGGACUUUGAAAUUGACUUGUACACGGAGGACAUUACACAUUGCUCUCUGGUUCAGAGCGGCGACUACUGUCACGGCGUUCUGAAGGGAGAGACAAAAUUAACAUAUGUAAACAAACAGUUCAUCUUUCAAGCGUUCAUGUUGUUUUCAAGUGUCCCAACGUGUAUUGUAAUUCUUAUGCUAUACCAUGGAGUCCUACCUGACUCUGUUUCCAAAAGAAACCCCAUUAGUACGAUUCUAAUAGCGAAUGUUUACGGCGCCAUAUUAUUCAUCGCGGUCAUGUUUCUCAUAAUCCCCGCGCACGAUCACGCCACCUAUUAUCUAUGUGGGAUCCUAUGGCAGCCAUCUUUAAUGUCAUCUCUCCACAGUAUGUUUUUCUAUCUCUACGAACCAAGUCUAGUUCUCUGCCCUAUUUUCUUGGUGUGUGGCUAUUUGGUGUAUAAAGCUAGAUGUGUUGAUACCGGGACCUUGCAGCAGUUGGCAAUAGCGGCCCAAUGCGCUUCUGUGAUGUAUCAGAUUUGGAUCGCGCUUUUUGCGUCUGUUAUUUUCCGCACUGAGGGUCAAGGUUUCAGCUUCAUCGUCACCCUGACGAUAGUGCAAAUAUUUUUGACCUGUGAGUUCGGAAGCUGGGUUGAGGAACCGGAGAGUGAGAGGAAGACACGUGUAGAUUAGACUAUCGCCAGCGACUGGACAGUUAUGAAAUGACUACAUUAAAUCACCCCUCAUAUAUUUUAUGAUGGCCCACGGUAGCAUGGAUUUGACAAACCAAAUACCGUUUUAUUGAUUACUACCAAAUCGAAACAAAGGCCAAGAUGGGGCAUGAUGUCAUUAACAUUGAGCUAGUUGGCGUGGCCAAUCUAUUGUCUAUAUAAAUCAAACAAAAUCGCGCUGAAUGACCGUACUGUGCGAACAUCUGCUUGAAUUAAUAUACAGAGCCGGUCUAAGGUCGGUGAAAUAAGAGUAAUUUGAUGUUCAAUACAUAUGUGUGCCAAAUGUUUACUUGGAGGACUAAAAAACACAACCGACCAUACAAAUACUCCCAGACAACCCAUCCUGUGAACAAUUAUUUUGGCUUUUUGUUUUGAAAUGGUUCCUUGAAGAGCAUUCAUCUGCUGAC